UCUGCACGCGUCAGACCUUUAUAAAUAUAAGCCGCACCGGGUUCGUUUCACCGCUUCCUCCGUUGGACAGGGCAGGCAUCAUCCGCAUUUCAAGAGAGUUUUAAGACACAGCAACAUAGCAAUGUCAGGAAUGAUCGUCAAGUUCAGCCGCAGGGUGAGCCGCGCUGCCCCUGUACUAAGUCGCAGCCUUUAUUCUGGUCAGCGUUCAGUCUCUACCGCUGCCCCCAAACUGAAAGUGGAACGUCCGCUGACCUCGGAGGAAAUCUACGCACGUGAAGACAAACAUGGAGCGCAUAACUACCACCCGCUCCCUGUGGCCUUAGAGAGAGGAGAGGGCAUCCAUUUGUGGGACGUUGAUGGAAACCGGUAUUAUGACUUUCUUAGUGCGUAUAGUGCGGUGAAUCAGGGCCACUGUCACCCAAAGAUCAUUGCUGCACUUACGGCCCAGUCCUCCAAACUUACCCUGACUUCGAGAGCAUUUUACAAUGAUGUCCUGGGAGCCUAUGAGGAGUACGUCACCAACAUGUUUGGCUAUGACAAAGUCUUACCCAUGAACACAGGUGUUGAAGGUGGGGAAACUGCCUGCAAGCUUGCUCGCAAAUGGGCGUACAAUGUGAAGGGUGUUCCCAAGAACAAGGCCAAAAUCAUUUUUGCAGAUGGAAACUUCUGGGGCCGUACAAUGGCAGCCAUCUCCAGCUCCAAUGAUCCCAGUAGUUAUGAAGGUUUCGGCCCCUUCAUGCCGGGCUUUGAGAAUGUUCCAUUCAAUGACACUGCUGCACUGGAGAUAGCUCUUCAAGACCCGAAUGUUGCAGCUUUCAUGGUGGAGCCGAUCCAGGGGGAGGCUGGAGUGGUUGUGCCUGAGCUCGGCUACCUGACCAAAGUCAGAGAACUUUGCACCAAAUACAAUGUGCUGUGGAUUGCUGAUGAGGUGCAGACAGGCCUGGCGAGGACCGGCCGGCGGCUGGCUGUAGACCAUGAAGAAGUCCGUCCAGAUGUAGUGAUUCUGGGCAAAGCUCUUUCUGGAGGAACGUACCCUGUAUCUGCUGUGUUGUGUGACGACGAGAUAAUGCUGACCAUCAAGCCUGGGGAGCACGGGUCCACAUAUGGAGGAAAUCCUGUGGCCUGUCAGGUCGCUAUGGCUGCAUUAGAAGUGAUGGAGGAGGAGAAGCUGUCAGAGAACGCUCAAAGGAUGGGAGAGAUUCUGCGUUCAGAGCUACAGAAACUCCCGAAAGACAUUGUGACAACAGUCAGAGGGAAAGGCCUGCUGAAUGCAAUCGUUAUCAAAGAGACCAAAGACUAUGAUGCCUGGAAGGUGUGCUUGCGCCUUCGUGACAACGGACUUCUGGCCAAGCCCACCCACGGUGACAUCAUCCGCCUUGCCCCUCCCCUUGUCAUCAAAGAAGACGAGCUGCGCGAAUGUGUCGACAUUGUCCAGAAAACGAUCCUCUCCUUCUAAACCACCACGGCACCUUUAUCCCAUUAUCCAACAAUGGAUAACCUGCUAAAAAAACACCCAACUCACUUAUUAUUCCUGUUCAAAUGUAUUUGUUUUUCAAAAAGAGGGGUUCUUUGAAGGUUCUUGUUGUGGAAGUGCUGUAUACAGAUUGCAUAGUGUGCACCUAUGAGGCUGUACUGUCACUAACUUAAAGGAAAUAUUGCUGUAAGGAAAAAGCUGCAAAACAGGGGGAGAACUUUGAAGUGUUUGGUGACAUGUCACAUUAUUUAUCUAGAAAGGGUAACAUUCACAUUUUUGCUGGUGAUUGUUGAUGUAAAUAAUUGAUGUACUGUCUUUAAACCCAUUCUUUUAAUUUAAAAAUGUUUAGUUGCUCUCAGCAUCAAAGUGUUGUAUCCAUAGUUAGAGAGACUUGAUGUAAACACUUCUUUCUCAAAGGACUACUGUUAGAGUUCAAGGGUCAAACAAGAACUGAGUCAUGUUACACUCGAGGGCGGCUUUGCCAGGUAUUUUUAAUCUAGAGUAAGGUUUCUAAGAAUCUUUGAAUGUGUAAUGAUUCCAGGUCUUGAAUGAUUUUUGUUGAGACUUCCAAAGGUUCUGAAAAUGCUUACAUUUCCAACAAUGUUUAAUCUCCUUUUCACUCGAACUUCACAUGUGUUAUAUGUUAUUGUGAAAUAAAUGAUUUCUUGCAACCGUAGAACUUGAAUUCUGAAACCGAACUGAAAUCUUUUCAGUCCAUGUUAUUAUUUAAUUCAUUUUGUUUUAUUCUAUUUAAUUAGUUGUAUUUUAUUCCUACAAGGAACUUGCUUUAAGACAACUCUUGAAGUGGUUUGUUUUAAAGUAUCUGUAUAUUGUUCAUUGAACUUUAUGAUGAAUGUUUCAUUUGUGAGAUAGAGACACAAAUGUCUUUUUAAAAGACAGUGUGACCCUUUAUGUUGUUACAUAAUCCUUUAUUCUUCCAAUAAAUUAUUGCAGGUUA